GUAUGUAAGCAGUUCCUUGAAUAAAGGAAGUACAUGACUAUCUGUGUCAGUCUCUGUGGUUUGCCCCAUGGUUUAAAUAGAAGGCUGCAGAUACUGCGCAACAAAGAAACAAAAAAUCUUAUAGUUCUGGUGUCAGAAGAGGAUCCCAAAAGGAUAUCAGACUGAAGAAACAGCAGAAACAGGCUUAACGAAUUUACAGCAAUGGGAAACAGUCUAACUGCUCUUAAUGAACGUGGCUACACAUUAGUGAGUAAAGAAAAGAACAAGAUCCUGGUGAAAAAUGAAGGUGGUGACCAGUUUGUCAUUAAAAAGUUGAGCACUAACCAGGAUGAAAUAAAUGUUCUUCUAAAGCUCAGUCAUCCACACAUCGUCCAUCAUAAGGAAAUCAUCACAGAUUCAGACUGUUUGUAUCUUCUUCUGCAGCACUGUGAAGGUGGAGAUCUUGCUCAAACAAUCAUAAACAAAAAGAAGGAAACAGAUACAUUUUCUGAGAAUGAGAUUCUGGACUGGAUUGUGAACAUCUGCAUGGCUUUGAAAAACCUGCAUGAUCAACAGAUCCUGCAUAAAAACCUGCAGCCUGAGAGCAUAUUUCUCACUGCAUGUGGCACCAUCCGUCUUGGCGAGUUUGGAGUAGUUCAUCAAUGGUCCAUUGAAGAGCCAGCAGCAGAAAAUAAACCUUCAUGUGCUGCACCUGAGACUUUGAAUGGCAAACCUUAUGAGGAGAAAACUGAAAUAUGGAUGUUGGGGUGUGUCAUCUAUGAGCUGUGCAUGCUGAAAUGUGCGUUUCCUGCAGUACUCUCAGUUGAGAUUGUUCAAAAGAUACUCACAUCCUCCUAUGAAGCUCUUCCUCUGACCUUCUCUGAGGAUCUUCGUCAGCUGGUAAAAGACACACUUCAACCUGAUCCAGCAUGCCGUCCAUCUGUCAGCGAGAUCUUGACCAGACCUUUUAUUAUUAAUUAUCUUCGAGAAAAGAUCUUGCAAACUAUUACAACUCUUAAUAGGAAACUAGAGGACCUAAGAGCACUAGCUAAUGAUUUGGAAAGAGUCCAUUUCAACACAACUGUAGGCAGUCUCGCGGGAGGUGUAGUGGGAUUGGCUGGAGGAAUCACAUCUGUGGUGGGACUUUUUCUCUCGCCUUUCACUUUUGGAGCGUCUCUGAUAGUAACAGGAGUGGGAAUCGGCACGGCAGUAGCUGGAGGAGUAACUGCUGGUGCCUGCAACAUAACAAACAUGGUUAACCAGAGCACAAACCGGGAUAAGAUGAAAAUGCUCAUUAAAGAGUUCCAUGAAAAGAUUACCUCCACAGUUUGCUGCAUCGAAAACCUCCAAAUAGCUGUGGACACUUUAAAAAAACAGUUUUCCACAAGCGAUGAUGCAUUUUCCAAUGCACAACCAGGGGCAAAUGCUGGAGCUCGACUUGGACGAGGACUGGGAGGAAUUCCAGAGAUUAUCCGUGUGAUUGAAGUUGCAAAUGUUGGGAAGGUGGCAGUUCAGACCGCAAGAGCCGUUCGUGUGGCUGAAGCGGCUACAGGUGUUUUGUCUGCACUUUUUGUAGCUGUUGAUGUCUUCUUUGUGUUUCUCGACUCUAAAGAAAUCCACAACAUCCGUCAAGAUUAUGCUUUAAGAGAGAGUCGACAAGCAUCAGCAUCCACCAGCAACCAAAGCACUGACCAGACAUCAAAUAACAGCGACACAACAAAUCUAUUGGCAGAAGAGCUGAAGUCUGAGACCAUGAAAUUUGUGACAAAAAUAAAGGAGACGACAGAGGAGCUUCAGACAAUUCUGGAUGCACUGCAAGACGCAAUGGAACCAAACAACGACAACUAAGAAUUAGUUAGUAAAGAUCAGUAUGUUUUUCAGUCAUAGAUUGAUUAUAGUUGAAGCAAUGGUUAGGUUUGUUAGUAAGUUAGUAUUAUAGUUAGUAUUAUUUGUUAGUAUUUUAGGUGUAGCAACUAGAAUUGUUAGUAAAGCUCAAUUUGUUCUUUAGUUAGAUUGAUAAUAGUUGUAGCAACUCUUAGGGAAUUAUUACUGUAUAUUCUGGGUUUCCAUGACAAAAUACCUUAUAAAAUAUUUGAUUGCUAGUUUUAAUAUUGCUUAGAGAAACUUUCUUAGAAGCUAUAAAAGAAGCAUUUCAGCUUGAUGUACUCCUAUUUAAUUAUGUUAAGAAUGGCAAUUCUUGCCUUUAUUUCCUUGAUGUUUAGGAAAUCAGAAAACAUGAGCACCUUUUCCUGUUUGUUUAUAUGUUUGUGGCUGCUUAAUGUAAUUUUCUUUCACUUGUACUAAAAUAAAUAUAUCACCAAAAAUGCAAGCUUCUCUG